GAACAUUAGUUCAGAAAUUUAUCUAUUGAAAGUCAAACAAACACGGAUGAAACGACGUCGCUGCAAUGCUUGUAGCCGGCGAUGAAACAGUUAGAAAGAGCGUUAAAGUAACGGUUUUAAUAGAAACGAAAUCCGCGGGAAGUUAUUUAUAUGAGACGAGAGAGUGUGACUUGUUCAACGGCCAGCCUUCUGUCUGAGUUUUUUUUUUUUGCUUUCUCUUGUUUUCUCUCUUAAGAAAAUAAACAAAAAGUUGACAGAAAGAGAAAGAACAAGAUAGAGUCUUGCUUAUGUGGGUUAGUUUCAGAUGUUAAGAUAUUUAUUUUUCGUUCAGAAACCGUUAAACGAAUAAUAUUGACCAAUAAUAUCAAAGUUAUUGCCUCCACCUUUCCGUUUUAUCUUCUGUUUUUUUUGUCAUUUGUUUUGUGGGUUUAGGGCAGUUUUUGUAUUCUUCAGGUGUUUCUUGACAAGAUUUAUCAUUCUUUAAUGGUCAGUUUGCUUCUCCUUUAUUUAAUUUUUGUUUUGUUUUUAUGUUUUAUGGAAUAUUACCUGAAGAUGGCUCCUUCUUGAUGAUCAGGUCUGAGAAGGGCUCCUUUGAAUUCUUUUUUUCUUUUCCUCUUCCGGUCUGAGAGAAUUCGGAUGGAGUCUGCAAUUCCAUAGAAGGUUGUUUAGAUCCAAUCAACAGAGAACCUUCUUCUGUUCAGGUCCUGGAUUGUUGAAUUCUUGAUUCCUCGACAGAGUUUUGUUAAUUUACUUUCUUGUAUAGGGACCUGUCUUCUUGUCAAAUUUUUAAUGUCCUUUUAGCAUUGUGGCCUUCAAUGGAGCAGUUCCGUCAGAUAGGAGAGGCAUUGGGAAGUUUGAAGGCUCUAAUGGUGUUGCAGGAUGAUAUUCAGAUCAAUAGGAGACAGUGCUGUUUGUUGCUUAAUAUCUUCACUUCAGCUUUCGACACAAUUGCGGAGGAGAUCAAGCAGAAUUUGAAGCUUGAUGAAAAGAAUACCAAGUGGAAACCCCUUGAAGAGCCUCUAAAAGAGCUUUACAGGGUCUUCAAGGAAGGGGAGCUCUAUGUUAGGCGAUGUUUGGAUAGUAAAGAUUGGUGGGGUAAAGCUGUUGUCCUCCAUCAAAACAAGGACUCAAUUGAGUUCCAUAUUCAUAAUUUGGUUAGCUACUUCCCCGCUGUUAUCGAGGCAAUCGAGACUGCAGGAGAGAUCUCAGGACUUGACCAGGAUGAGAUGCAAAAGAAAAGGGUUAUGCUUUUCAAGAAGUAUGACAGAAGUUGGCAUGAUCAGAAACUUUUUCAAUGGAGAUUUGGGAAGCAAUAUUUGGUCUCCAGGGAAAUUUGUAAUCAAAUUGAGACUGCAGUGAAAGAAGACGGAUGGCUUCUCGUUGGAGCAAUCAAAGAAAAGAUGAAAGCAGGGUCACUAACAAAGAACGAGCAGCGACUUGGGGAUUUAUUACAGAAGAAGCUGAAUGGACAGCUGCUAAUUAAUGGCAAACUCCCUCCAAGUUCAAUUCUGUUAGGAGCAGAAGAUUACCAAGUCAGGCGAAGAUUAGGUGGAGGAAGCCAGUACAAAGAAAUUCAAUGGCUAGGAGAAAGCUUCGCUUUGAGACAUUUCUUUGAGGAUAUUGAGCCAUUAAACUCUGAGAUAUCUGUGCUGCUAUCACUUUCCCAUCCUAAUAUAGUGCAGUAUCUCUGUGGAUUUUACGAUGAAGAAAAAAAGGAAUGUUUUCUUGUAAUGGAGUUGAUGAGCAAAGAUCUUUAUGCAUACAUGAAGGAGAAUAGCAGUUCAAGGAGGCAGGUUUUGUUCCCUCUUCCUAUCGUUGUUGAUAUCAUGCUUCAGGUAGCAAGAGGUAUGGAAUUUCUCCACUCACGAAAGAUCUAUGUUGGAGAUCUGAAUCCUACUAACAUCUUUCUCAAACCAAGAAAAUCCACGGAAGGUUAUUUUCAUGUGAAAGUCUCAGGGUUUGGUUUAACUUAUAUCGAAAAUCCAUCUUCUCGACACUCAUCAUCAAACCAAAAUGCAUUUGAUCCUUGCAUUUGGCAUGCACCGGAAGUUUUAGCUGAAAGAGAACAGACCGGAAGCCCCUCUACUCGAAAACACUCAGAGAAAGCAGAUGUUUACAGUUUUGGAAUGCUUUGUUUCCAGCUUUUGACAGGUAAACUUCCUUUUGAGGAUGGGCAUCUUCAAGGAGACCAGAUGGCGAAAAACAUAAGAGCAGGGGAGAGACCAUUAUUCCCAUCCCUUUCACCAAAAUACCUUGUGAACUUAACCAAAAAAUGUUGGCAUACUGAUCCAAACUAUAGGCCUAGUUUCUCAUCUAUUUCUAGGGUUCUAAGGUACAUCAAGAAGUAUCUUGUGAUGAAUCCUGUCGAUGGUCAGCUUGUUAUGCAGUCACCACCAGUCGAUUACUCAGAACUGGAAGCAGGGUUCUUGAAGAGGUAUCCAGGGGAGAUGAAUGGUGGUCUAGCCUCAGUAUCACAAAUCCCAUUUCAAAUGUUUGUUUACAGGAUUUCCGAGAAAGAAAGGACUUCUCUGAGCUUCAGAUUUAAGCAGUCAGAAACAAGUGAAGCCGCCUCAAAUGGCUGGGAUGAGAAUAUUUCUGUAGUAGAGGAUCCAGUGGUACCAGCAAGUGACGCAAGGUCAAUUAGCUCCGACAUGAAGACAGUUUGUUUUGAUUUAAGUUCUAUCUACAUUGAGAAUCCAGAUGGGAAAAUCCCAUCUGAUUUGAGGUCAGUUCGUUCAGAGCCUCCAGACAAGAAAAUAAUGUUGAGAAAAAAAAGUUCCAAUGUCAAAGUCAGAAAAACGCCAGUUAAACCGAAGGCACCAAUACCAGCAAGAACAUCGCCAUGGAAUCCACCAGGACAGAGUCCAAAGGUCAGCCGAGAAAAGCCGUUCUCUUCAAGUCCUCUCAGUCCUGCAAGGCGCAAAGCAAGUGGGCAAGCCCUAAGUCCUGAGAAGUUAUAGGUUUUGAUCACCGCACUUUGUACCAAAGAGCUGCCAAGCCCCAGUCACCUUUUGUUCUCCUUGGAAACGAUGUAGUUUGCUUCACAAAGUAGAAGAAUUCGUAUACAUGUCAGUUCCCCUUAGAAAUUUCUUGUGUUAGGAUUCUAGCAUCUUCCUUUCUCUUGUAGCUAAAUUUUGUUGAAAGCCUUUUUCAGUGGUUUGCAAUGCUUUUAUAGGAAUAGAUAGGUUGCAAUUCUUUUAUUUCUGUGUUUUGACAUUUAAAUGGCAGAUGAUGUGCAGGCCGUCUUACUUUGUGCUGCUUUUUUUCCUUGGAAAAA